AAAUGUCAACUGUCAACGUCAAAGACGUUGGUCGUAUGACGUCAAAUGAAACAAAUGUAAUUUGUUUUCAUUUUCAAAUUAUCGUCUUUCCAUGAAAACAUGGAUAAUAUGUCCUUAAAAGAAAUUCAAACAAAGCUGCUACAAUGGGAAACGUCUGAUAAUCCAUUAGCAUCUUUAACUUCCAAUCAAAGAGAAGCAAUUCUUGACUUAGAAUCGCUGUUACUUGGAAUAACUCCUGAGUAUGAACAACAGGAGAAAACUGAGAUUUGUAGUGAACAAGAAGAAGGUACAACGAUGCCAGAGAUAGAAAACACAUUCGAAUUCUUGGACUGGUAUGAACAGCUGAAUGAAACCAGUGUAAAAGCAGAUGAUGCUCCAUAUGAAGCAUAUUAUAAACAAUUGGAGGACAGGAGGAAUGAAUGUGUCUCUUUAACUGAUCAGAUAAAAGCAACAAUGACAGACCUGAACAAGCUAUCAGAGGAAUAUAAUUUGGUGUCAAACAAAACAAAUGCUCUUCACACUAUGAGUGAACAAUUGCUGGCCGAUCAGACCAAGCUCUCUGACAUUGGAGAUAAUAUCAAACAGAAAUUGCACUAUUUUACACAAGUUGAACAUUUGUCACAGAGGUUGAACAGUCCAACAAUGUCAGUGAACAGUGAAGCAUUCUUUAAGGUUUUAGCUAAGAUUGAUGAAUGUUUGGAUUAUAUGAGAUCACAUAGCAACUUCAAAGAAUCACAUACAUUUCUUGUGAAAUACAGACAUCUACAAAACCGUGGCAUUUCCUUGAUCCGAUCUUAUAUCAUCCUAGUUCUCAACCAGGCGACUGAGCAAGUGCUCAUUACUGAAGAAGACUCAAAUGAUCAGGAGACAAUGGACACUGCAUAUGCAGUUUACUUCGGGAAGUUUCAAGCCGUUGCUCCCAAGUUGAGGAUGGUUAUUGAUGAGAUUGAAAAGAGAGCCGAAAAUAAUGAAGAGUACGCGACGCUGCUGGGGGAGGCGCAGCGCGAGUACCUGUCGCGGCGCGGCGAGGGCGCGGGGCGCGCGGCGGGCGCGGCGCUGCGCGCGGCGGGCCGCGAGCACUGCGCCGCGCUGCGCGCCGCCUGCUCGCUGCUGGCGCUGGCUUGCCGCGACGAGUGGGCGCUAUACUCCAACCUGUUCAGCCAGCCCUCGCCUGCCUUGCAUGAGUACCUGCAGUCGCUGUGCACGGGGCUGUACGAGCAGCUGCGGCCGCAGAUCAUACACAUCAACCACCUGGAGACACUCGCGGAGCUCUGCGUCAUCCUGCGCAUUGAGGUCAUCGAGGAGCAAGUCAACAAUGACCCGGCGCUGGGCGCGCUGGGGCUGGCGGCGCGCGCGCUGCUGCAGGACGCGCAGGAGCGGCUGGUGUUCCGCGCGCACGUGCACCUGCGCCGCGACGUGCUGCUGUACCGCGCCGCGCCCGGAGACCUCGCCUACCCCGACAAGCUGCAGAUGAUGGAGGAAAUCGCGCUCUCGAUACAAGAGCAAAGCUUGAAACGCAGCGACUCUCGCAAUUCUAUGGUCUCAGACGUGUCUGCCACGUCACAGGAGGUGGCUAACAUUAACUCUGAAGCCCAGCGCCGCCCCUCGGCCCCGCUCGCCGCCCCGCCCAACGCCUCGCCUGCGGAUCUCCACGGCAUGUGGUACCCCGCCGUAAGGCGCACACUAGCAGCACUCUCCAGGCUCUACCGCUGUCUGGAGAAAAGAGUAUUCCAAGGCCUGGCGCAGGAAGCCAUCUCCCUCUGCGUCCAGAGCGUCGACAACGCCGCCAAACAAAUAUCAGCCACCAAGACCAAUAUUGACGGAGAAUUGUUCCAAAUAAAACAUUUGCUCAUCCUAAGAGAACAGAUUGCUCCGUUCCAAGUUGAUUUUGUGAUUAAAGAAACGACUUUGGACUUCAGCAAUAUGAAGAACGCGGCGUACGGCCUCAUGCAGAAGCCGAGGCAGAUAUUUUCGUUGAACAGCAACAAUGCUUUGCUAGAAUUCCUACUAGAAGGAACGCCCAUGGUCAGGGAACAUCUACUGGACUCAAGAAAGGAAGUGGAUAGACAACUCAAGAAUUGUUGCGAAAUGUUUAUAAAACAUGCAACAGAAAUAUUGGCAGGUCCACUAGCAGUCUUUAUUGAGAAGGUUCAAGCUCAAAGUUCAGACAACCCAAAAGAAAAAAUCUUACCCGAGGAGAUUGCAGUUGCCGUGAAAGAGGCUCAAAAACUUAUCAAAGCUCACUUAGCGCCACUACAACGUUCAAUGCAAUUAUACUUGGCAAAUAAAGAAACCGAGUUCAUAUUGUUCAGACCUAUUCGGAAUAAUGUUGUUGGUUAUUUCAUCCAAGUUGAACAGUUCCUAAAUAACUCUGGAUAUACUUAUGAAGACAAUCUCAUUGUUGCUUGUCCUACUCCGGAGCAAGUGUCAGUGUUCAUAUCCUCUGCCAGUCUCAUAAGCCACAAUGAGCCAGUGUUGCCAUAUGGCAAGAAAAGGAAGACAAGUACAGCUAGAAAGCCUAAUGUUGCCAAAAUUGAAGAAAAUGUUGGUGCUAGUAAUCCAGUUCCAUAAAUGUAGCAUUUAUUGUAACAUUAGAUUUUUUAUGUUAUUAUUAUAAUGAUUAUAAUUUAUUUAUAAAUAAAAGCAAUUAAAA